ACGACUUCAUGGGUUCAGCCAAAAAUGUGAUCAGUGAAUCUGUUGAUGCAGAGGACAAAUACAAUUUGAUGGCUUCUUUCCAACGCUCUAACAGUCAUGACAAAGUCAGGAAAAUUGUAGCCGAAGAGGGCCGCACUGCAAGGAACUUGAUUGCUUGGAGCGUGCCGCUGGAGAGCAAGGAGGAGGAUGGAAAACCGAAGUGGCAGGUGGGGGCAAAAUCAAAGAGGAUAAACCAAGGAACGCACAAAAUUAGCAAACAGGUGAUCCGUGAACCUUCGCAAAUCACGCUUAGUAGCUUAGUCUCCGGGGCGAACCUGAACAAUUGA